AUCCUCGAAUUCUUAACAAGACGUUUAAAUUUCACGUAAGCGACAGAAAGAAAUUACCUUUACUUCUAUUUGAUUCAUUAAACAUUACCUAACUUAAUUCAUUAUCCGAACAGGUACGAAAUGGUUCGAGUGACGGAAGACAAACCUGAGCCAUCAGAAAAAGGACCAGGACUUCUUAGCUAUUUGUGGAAUCAAGUUAAGUUCAUUCCAUUCUCUAUUGAAAACUAAAUUAUUAAAACGAAUUAACGGAAUGUUUGAAAAAAUUUUGAUUCACGACUCAAAGAAUUUUCUGUUUUUCAAGAAAUCCGAUUUGCUGGUCCACGAUGCUAUCGCGAACUUCCAGUACAAUUCAGUCGUCGAUUUCACAUUGCCGUGGAUUUACGAUUAUUACGCUUUUCUCAUUCCCGUCCCUGAAGAAUCGGCCAACAUCAACGCCGUCGUCAAACCUUUCCAAUGGCCGGUUUGGUUGGGACUAGGAAUAUCGAUCGUUUGUGUCAUCGCAGUUUUAAAUUUAAUCCAGCGCUUCUUGAAUUAUCCAUCGGUAAUUGAAACACCUUCAAGACCAAACGACAAUCCAGCGACUGAAAAAAUAACCAAAAAAGAAGAAACCGGAAAACAGUACCUUUACGUCUUCGGCAAUUUGCUUUCACAAGGUUUAACACAUUAGGAAAUCAAAUAACAUUUCGCCUGCUGCAAGAAAAUACAUAGGAUUGACAAAUCGUAACUUUUUGAUUUGUUAGGUGGUCCUUGUAGGUCGAGAAAAUUAUCCUAUCG